AUGUGCGCAAAUUCGGACACGCACACAUUUUGCCAAUACUCUGAGGGUCCUGGACCGCAAUGUAUCGGGUUCAUGCCGGCUGCCCUCACAAAAGAGGAGAAGAUAAAUAUCAUUAUGCGUAUGAAUCACAGACGGAACGACGCAGCCCUCGGGAUGCUCGGCAACCUGCCCAGUGCCGGGGACAUGCUCACAUUGCGAUGGGUGGAAGAGCUGGCGCAUGAAGCCCAGUUGUGGGCCAAUCAGUGCUCCCCACCGGAAUUUCCAGAACAACACGAUCUAUGCCGUGAUUUGUAUUCAGUUCCCGUGGGUCAGAACGUAGCGUCAGUGGUGGGCGAGGCGCCUGGUCUACGCGUCGAGUCCAUGGUCGACUUGUGGUUUAUGCAGGGCAGGCACUACAAAGGCAACCUACCGUGCCCACCUCACAACCUCAGUUACUACGGUGACUUCGCCCAAAUGCUGUGGUCGCCGACGUUUAUGGUGGGCUGCGCUCGAAGCAUAGUUGAUAUUUUUAGUCGUUGUGGCACGGUCGACCGCGCACCGUCGAGCGGUUGGUUGCAACAUGGCCCCACGUGGCCCACGUGCCGCACGCCCCAUGUGGACGGCCGCGCUCCCCGCCACCGCUUGCCCCCCGCGCUCCCGCCCCUCCAUCCAGUACGUCGUGAACUACGCUCGACGGAAAGCGAGGAGUUUAAGAAGUUCAAAAUGGAGCUUGAAAGAACGAAGACAUCGCCCAAAAGACGCGCGGCAGACGAGGACGACACGUUGGAGGAUUACAAGAACAAGGUCGUUCUCGACAGCAAAGGGUCGCUAUUCCAAUCGCUCGUUAGCUAUCUGCCUAACGUGAAGACUUUCGGUAUCGGAGCGGGAUCAGAGCACAAUACAGCCUGCGCAGUCACAUCGUCUUUGUCCGUAUACAUUUCACCAUUAUUACUUUUUUACGAG